CAAAAAAUCAAUUUGCACCGAGUCGAACAUUAUGUCUGAUGAUAUCAGUUUUCGAUUUUCUCCAUUUUUUUACUCAUACCUUACGACCCCCUGGAAUGGUCGCUGGUGGUAGCUUGCAAUCAGCCUCUUAAUCAUGCCGUCAAUCAAGGUAAAAUAAAAAGGAAUCCGAGUUGAACAGAUCACCAAAGUCUUACAAAGAAAAGCUCACAUUGAUGACAAUAUAUAACUGACGGAUUGAUCCAAGUUGGCUUGCAUUCAGCCAUAACUGCAAAUCAAGGUGUAUGAAGAAAGAAUUAGGUUGACACAAAGCCAUAGAUAGACGCACCUCCUUUUCAUUUUCCUCAACAUAAUCUUUUCAAGCAAACACGACAACAGGAACAGAAACAUCCUAAUAAUUCUGUGGAUAUGGACUAUAAGUACCUGAAACAGUCUUUCUUUUGUCACAUUGAGAACAGUUUCUCCUACAAAGAACACUACAACUUACCGGAUAGUCGAAGCAAGCUCACUCAGCCGAUGACAACGCUAGGGAAUAUUAAAUUAAAUUAUUCAUUACCUAAAGAUGUAAAAGAGUCUUUCCAGGAAAUGUGUAGCUCAAGAAAAUCAUUAAUUACUAUUACUAUUACUAAUUAUCCUCUACCUCUCCAGAAUAAACCCAUCUGUAUCCUGUUACGCGAAUACAAAUACUAUUUCGUUCCAAAUCUUUCGUACUAAGGCACCUACGCUCUACUACGACAUUCUCGGUCCCGUGUAAUAACAAGAUCUUGUACGUUUGAUUUCAAAUACUUUAUAGCGACACAACAAUUGCGCAACGUACGGUUCCACUGCUGCGUACGGUGCAACCGGAACCACGAAAUCAAGCCCCACCAACCCCCACCCCCCGCUCUUUAUACCAGACGCCAUCAAAUCAAGUAGUCGGGCAGACAAAGGACGCGUCUUGCCAGCCUGGCAUUGUCCCGAGUUGGCCCGCACUCUCCACAUCCGAAUCAAAUAAAAAAUCCCCGAAAUACCCUCAAGAAACCCGGAAAACCCCAACGUUCUUUCUUAUCUCUCUCCCAUCACUCUCUUAGAUCACCCUCCCAUCAUUUCCUCUACCACAAUGCCUUCAUCAAAGCCUCUCAAUAUCUUUUUACUUUUAACGGUCACGAUCAAUCUCUGCUUCGCCGAGUUACCUUCUUUUCGAGAGGCGCCGGCAUUUCGAAACGGCGGAGAAUGUCCCAAGACAACAUGGUCGUCCCUCGACAAAAAAGUCCACAACCCUUCCCUUAUCCACAUCGCGAUGACCUUAGACACCGCUUACCUCCGUGGCUCCAUUGCCGGAGUCUUCUCCGUUCUCCACCACGCUACUUGUCCUGAAAACAUCGUCUUCCAUUUCAUCACCACGCACCGCCGCGGCGCUGAACUCACACGCGCCAUUACCUCCACGUUCCCUUACCUCAACUUCCACCUUUACCACUUCGACAGUAACCUCGUAAAGGGAAAGAUCUCGUCCUCCAUUCGACGCGCGCUGGAUCAACCGUUGAAUUACGCUCGUAUGUACUUAGCUGAUCUGCUGCCAGCUGGAGUCCGGCGUAUCAUCUACUUUGACUCUGACCUCAUCGUCGUCGAUGACGUCAACAAGCUAUGGAGCAUCAAUUUAGGAAGCCACGUAUUGGGAGCUCCCGAGUAUUGCCACGCCAACUUCACCAACUACUUCACAUCCAAAUUUUGGUCCAACCCGGUGUUUACGGCGUCGUUUAAAGGAAGAUCAAGGAACCCUUGUUACUUCAACACUGGCGUUAUGGUAAUCGAUUUAUGGAAAUGGAGAGAAGGAAAAUACACGGAGAAAUUGGAAAACUGGAUGAGGAUUCAGAAACGGUACCGUAUUUACGAGCUUGGCUCUUUGCCUCCGUUUUUGUUAGUUUUCGCCGGUAACGUGGAAGGCAUGGAGCACCGGUGGAACCAACAUGGGCUCGGCGGGGACAACUUGGAAGGCUUAUGUCGGGCGCUACACCCCGGUCCAGUCAGCUUGUUACAUUGGAGCGGUAAGGGAAAGCCUUGGCUGAGAAUCGACUCUAAAAAACCUUGCCCGUUGGAUUCACUCUGGGCCCCUUACGAUCUGUUUCGUCAUCCGUCAUUGUUCUCCGACAGCUGAUAAACGGUGAAAGUCCAGCUUAGUUCAUGGAAGUUUCGUAAAAAGAUUGAGGACACGUGUAAAAAAGAGAGCACCUUGCGCGGUCGUGAUAAUAUGGAGUUACCGCGGCUAAAGGCCUGUUAACCGCGACGGUCUUCACUUUUUGAUGGUAAAUACUUUGGUCUGUUUAUAUGCCAAAAUGGGAAGUGGAAGCCAGAAAGGUGUUUUCCACUUUCAAUUUCUUUUUUGUUUUUUAAUUAGUGAGUUGGUUUGAUGUUGUCUUUAGAUUAAGAGAAAAUGUUAAUAAGCAGAUGUGACCUCGUGGGGGGUGUCGGUUGUAGUAUUGUUUUGAUUUUUGUGUUACUAAAAUAUUCCGAUUGUGGAAUUAUUUUUUGGGCCAUAGAUUUUGCUAAUCUCAUCUUGUAGAAUACUUAUACUAUUUAACAUUUUCAAUUUUUCCUGUCAA